UAUUUUUAAAAGGCCCGUCAAAGCAAUGUCGUCUUCUUCAUCUUCAACCUUUAGCGUCGGCAGAGAGUGGUGGUCUCUAGGAUUUUAGCUCUCGGAGAUGGAAGCAUGCCUAAUUUUACUCUAUCGGUGAGCUUCAUUGUUCGAUUUCUAUGUAGCAGCACUUUCUAAUUCAGUGUAACCAUGGUUGAUGACGACCGAUUUGAGGAUAUAUGAUUUCAGUUUUGUAAUUUCAUUGUCUGAUUGAUAUGUUUUGGGGUUUUGAUGUUGAAUAUUGUUUUAACGUAGUAAAGUAUAUACUUUUGACUUUUUGGCUUUUUGCUGUAGUAUCUCAAUGCGAUGUAUCGAGGUCAUUUGAGAUCAAUCUGUGACUGUGAGAUCUUUUCAUAGAUUAAUUUGCAUAUGGUGAUAGUUAUUUAAUUUGCUUCAUGAAAUUGUCACUAUAUAUGAAAGUAUUCCUGAAUUUUCGAUAGAAAGUUAGUUGCUUUACUCAAGUCGUUUUAAUCUUCUCGGUAUAUUACAUUGUUGUCUUAUUGGCUCUUUUCUGAUUUUAUUGCCUCUUUCUGUUUUGGUUCCUAGAACCAGCAUGACAUCUCGAGCACACUUGGCUAUGGGGAGUUACAAUAGAUUUAUAGUGCGUGUCGGUUUCUUAACCAAAAAAACGUAGACAAUGUGUGAUUUUCUAACGAAUGGAAGCACAUCAAUCAUAAAUCUUCGUCGAAAGUUUCCUCCUCGUCAAUGUAUUGGAAGGAAAUAUUUUGAUCCCCACCUGACUCAAACUCUCCAUUACCAUUUUUACGAAAUUCUGACUUGCAUACGCCUUGCACUAAAGUUUCUGCAGGAGAUGAGAUGAUCUCUCCUAUGCGAAUCUGCUAUGGAGUUCAAUCAUAUCUCCAGCUUCGCAGUCCCUUGUUCAUGAUACAGCUAAAACAGCCAACCUAGUCAGGUCUGAGAUAUUUAUCAGAAAGUUAAAGGAAAUAUCUUGAAAGAGCCUGCCACCACCGAGAAGAGAAUUGAAGAAACACCAAUUCUGUUCUUCAUACGACGAGAGAAGAGAAAAAUGAGGAGUAGAGAUAUGGAGAGAGGUAGGAAACACAGAGGGGACACCCAGUGGACGGCUUGGCUGACUCCAACAAUUGUCGUGGCUAAUGUCUCCAUCUUCAUCGUUGUCAUGUACACCAACGACUGCCCUAAGACAACCACGGGAGCCAACGGAGAUUGCGUUGCAAAGCUUCUCCGCAGGUUCUCGUUUCAGCCACUCAGAGAGAACCCUUUCUUGGGUCCAUCUUCUUCAACAUUGGAGAAAUUGGGAGCUUUGGAUUGGAAGAAAGUCGUGCAAGGAAAUGAAAAAUGGAGGCUCAUCACUGCUAUGUGGCUCCAUGCCGGUAUCAUUCACCUUGUUAUGAAUAUGUUUGAUGUGAUCAUCUUCGGUAUCCGCCUUGAGCAACAGUUUGGCUUCAUAAGGAUUGGGCUCAUCUAUCUGAUUUCGGGAUUUGGCGGAAGCAUUCUCUCAGCUCUCUUCCUUCAAAAAAGCAUCUCUGUUGGUGCCUCGGGUGCUCUCCUUGGACUCAUGGGAGCAAUGUUAUCUGAGCUGCUCACCAACUGGACUAUCUACAAGAGCAAGGUACUGUGUCAUGUUCUUUCCCAAGAUACAAACAUUAACCGAAAAUAUAACAUGGUUUCAUUGCCUUGACGAUCUUCUGAAUUUUUCCAGCUUUGUGCUUUGUUAUCGUUCUUGUUCAUCAUCGCAAUCAAUUUGGCAAUAGGUUUGCUUCCUUGGGUAGACAACUUUGCUCACAUUGGCGGUCUCUUGACUGGGUUUUGCCUUGGGUUUAUCCUACUGAUGCAGCCUCAGUCUGGGUGGGAAGAGUUCCGCAACUCUUCUCAGUACGGUGCCCGUGCUAGAUCAAAAUAUAACCCGUGCCAGUACGUGUUGUUCUUUGUUGCCGCUGUUUUGGUUGUCGCCGGUUUAACAGUUGGGUUGGUGAUGCUGUUCGACGGAGAGAAUGGGAACAAGCAUUGCAAAUGGUGUCAUCGCCUAGACUGUUAUCCUACUUCUAAAUGGUCUUGUUGAUAUUUCAAUCAUCAUUACUGUAUUUAUUGCUCUCUUUCUAACUAACAUUUAUUGUCCUGUGUAUCUAAAUUGAACUGGAUUUUUGUUGAGUGGAUAUGAUAAUUUAUCUUCAUCUUAAUCCUUAUGUUUUGA